UCCCUUCCAAACUUGACGAGCAGCUAUAGUUAACCCAGCUGCCGGGAGGUAUAUAAGCCCCCGGGGAACUGUGCUUUCAUGCGGCUUCACAUUUUCUUCUCCUUUCGACCGUCCCAACUCCUCACACCGUUCGGGAAAUGGCACCCAAGAAGGCCAAGAGGAGGCAGCAAGGAGAGGGUGGGACCUCCAACGUGUUCUCCAUGUUUGAGCAAAGCCAAAUUCAGGAGUACAAGGAGGCUUUCACAAUCAUUGAUCAGAACAGGGACGGCAUUAUCAGCAAGGACGACUUGAGGGACGUGCUAGCUUCCAUGGGUCAGCUGAACACCAAGAACGAGGAGCUGGAAGCCAUGAUCAAAGAAGCCAGCGGGCCCAUCAACUUCACCGUCUUCCUCACCAUGUUCGGCGAAAAGCUGAAGGGCGCUGAUCCGGAGGACGUCAUCGUGAGCGCUUUCAAGGUCCUGGACCCACAGAAUACUGGCACCAUCAAGAAGGAAUUCCUUGAGGAGCUCCUGACCACUCAGUGCGACAGGUUCUCCGCAGAGGAGAUGAAGAACCUGUGGGCCGCCUUCCCCCCCGAUGUGGCUGGCAACGUGGACUACAAGAACAUCUGCUACGUCAUCACACACGGCGAAGAGAAGGAGGAGUAGAGAAGGAAGACAAGAAAACUGCAUCCUUUGGUUCUCCACCACUCCUCACCUCCGCCACACCCACAUUACCUCCCUCUUUUUCACUCUCUCUUUCUCGCCCUCCCUCUCUCACAAAAAGAAAGACUUUACUGAGGCUUUUAGAGAGAGCACAGAAGGUUCUGGGUAUCUGGGAGCUACUACGAGGCUCCUGGGAAUAUUUUCAAUAAAAUGAUGUAAUCCCA